AUGGAUUGGUGUUCAGCUCCUUUAUGUUUUGCCGACCCACCUGAUUGGACACAAUUCACCCCAACCACACCUCACUUCGCAAGUACACUCCACCACAUGUCAGGUCUCCUCAACUCGCGAUGGGCCCCGACGCCCUCCGCAACUGUCUCCAGGCCCCAGUACACUCGUCCUCAAGUGAGCGGUAGCAUUCGCUCCGGAGGCCUGCUGCCGCCAGCCGAGGAACUGUCGCGAUUCAUGAAAAUCGUGGCAAGGCUUCGAUGGAAACUCCCCUUCCUGGCUGAGGGCUAUCGGCUCGCGACACUAGAGUCCGAAGACCACAUGGCCGAGGUGUCACAUGCAGAGAUGAUGUUCAAGAUUGAUUUCCACGAAUAUUAUGCGCUGUUGGAGCGCGCGAUCGUGCACUUACUCGCUGUGUUUAAUAUAGCCGUCACGGCGCGGGGUUCCAAUGGACCCGCGAAUGGGACCGAAAAUGGUCCGGUCGGCGUUCAUCGAUACCAUGCCAAUGUGCUGGAGGCGCUGCGGGAGCAGACGACGCCUCUGGCGCCGGUUCUUGGCAGUGGGGUGGUCUUUUCGCAUUUACAGAAGGCCAAGGAGUUACGCAAUAGAUGGAAGACCGCAGACUUGACGGCGGAGGAGAGGGAGAGGCAGGGCGAGCGGACGGAUGUCCUGCGUUUGGCGGACUUUGACUUCGAAGACAUUCUCUCGGGCAUUUUCGCGGGCCUGGAAGAGGCGUAUAUGAGGGCGAAGGAUCAUGUCGAUAAAUGCGUUCGUCCGGAUGACUUGCCGGAUCAGAAGAACUUCGAGUCCGACUGGGGCUUUAUGGUCGAUGCCAUGGACUGGGAGGCUGUAUGA